AUGAACCGUAGAAAACAUUCCAGAGCGACCGAAGAGGUCGAAUGCCCAAAACGGAGGAAGUUUGUUGCCUGCCAACGAUGUCACGCACACAAAAUCAAAUGCUCGGGCGACCAGCCCUGCGCCAAAUGCCGCCAGGUUGGCUGUGCCGAUGAGUGCCAAUACGCACCUCGGGACCGUCAGGUCAAAGUGAGCGAGAGUUAUCUGCACGAACUGCAGGCCGAGCUUCGACGUCUGCGAGAACAACCGACCCCCUCGGUCAACGCGACCGAGGCCGAAGACGGGCGCGGCGGCGGCCCGUCGCGAACGGCAGAGGCGCCAGAUGAAGCGGAAAGCAAUAAUCCCAACGUGCGCAAUCCUUUGAUUGGGGACCGGGCUUGGUUCCACCCAUACGAUCCGUCUGCGCCGCCGAUUUUCGUGGGUGAGGCGGCAUGCACGGCUUUUGCGACGCGCUUCCGGCGCUUCUUGACCGGGAGUAAUGCGACGGCGCAUAUUACGCGCACGCAGUAUGUCCGGGAUGAGAAUAUCGCCGCGGCUAAUACGGGGGAUAUCUGGUGGCCGAGUUUGCACCAGGCGCGGCUAUUGUUGAAAAUUGCGCUGCGGCAGAUCGGUUUCAUUUACCAUCUGGUACUGCGGAAGUCGACGCUGGAGAAGCUCGAGGAGAUCUACCAGACGGGCGAAUUUGAGUGCAAGGUCAACCAGUGCAAGUUCUUUGCUCUGUUUGCGUUUGGAGAGGCUUACUCCAUGCGAAAUGAGCCUUCCUCGGGAUCCAGAGUACCGGGCACCAAGUACUUUGCGCGAGCGUUGAGCUUGGUGCAGGUGCUACCGGAGAGGACGAGUAUCACGCAUUUGGAGACGCUGUUGUUGCUGUCUCUAUUCUCGUAUUAUCUGAACCGACGGCAUUCGGCCUAUGUUUUGAUUGGGAGUGCCAUGCGUUUGGGACUGUCGAUUGGAAUGAACCACAAUGUCCCUGAGUCGCAACUGAUCGAUCCGAUCGAGAGGCAGCACCGGGUGCGCAUCUGGUGGACCAUCUACAUCUUCGACCGCAUGUGGGGAUCGAAGAUGGGCCUACCGUCACAGAUUUUGGAUGAUGAUAUCCACUUAGACAUGCCGUCCAACGUCACCCCGGCGCAGUUACAGGAGGAGCAGUUCUCCGAUACCGAGUACCUCAAGGCCAACAUCAGCUUGGCACGGAUCGUGGGUGAGACGAUCGCCAAGUUGUACAGUCGCCGCAAGUACAGCGAAACAUUUCUGCAGAGGGUGCAGAAGCUCUUGAAAGCGCUGAAGAACUGGGUGGAAACCCUGCCCGAGCAUCUGCGACUGGACCAGGUGGAGCCAGAGAUGAGUCGGACGCCGGUAGGCUCGCUGCAUCUCUCAUUCAACCAGUGUGUGAUUCUGACCACCCGACCAACACUGCUCCACAUCCUGAUCAAAUUAAGCGAAGCGGACGGAGCCCGACCAGAGGACAUUGAAGAGAUCUCCCAGCCGGUGCUCACACUCGGCGAAGCCUGCAUCCACGCCGCACGACACUCACACUCGAUCAUCCUAACUCGAUGGAUCAACGGCACACUGCCAACCUUCGGAUUCUUCCACGCACACUACCUCUUCUCCUCCGCACUCGUGCUGGCCAUGUCCAGCUUCACGCCCGUCGGCAACCCAGCAGACCUGGGGGCCUUCGAAACCGGCAUGGAAGUGCUGCGCUCAAUGAGCGAGAAUGGCAAUCUAGCGGCAUCGGAAUUCUACAUCAACCUGGAACAGGUCAAAGUCUGCCUGGACCGAUACCUGAGCGAGCGACGACGCGAUUCCCGCAGUCGACGGAACGCCGCUGCAGCGAUAGGACCGGGGACGGUAUCCGCCAAGGAUGCAGCCGCGUCUGCAGCGGCCACGGCGGCGGCGACCCCAGCGUCGUCGAACACGGCGCUGACAGCGCAUAGUAUAGCCGAGGGGCCGAUGGGACCAGCAGAGUUCGGACUACACCCGGUGACGACAGGGGUGCUAGAGGGGGGUGUCGUACGAGAUGCGACGAGCGGGUUCACGACGGCGAUGGCGUUUAUGGAGCCGACGAUGCAGGACUUUUUGGCGCAGAGUGAUUUUGAUCUGGGCAUGUUGCAUCCGGUGGAUACAUAUAUGAAUGAGGAACAUGUGUACCAGGGGUAUAGCUGA